AUGCUCUUCAACAAAUCCAUCUUCGCCGUUGCCAUCUUGGCUUUGGCUAACGUCGUGACUGCGACUACCCAAACUCCGGCCUGUGUUCUCAAGAUCAUUGGCGAUCAGCCCAACCCGGCCGAUUCCAAGACUAUCUGUGGUUCUAGCGCCAGCAAGAUCCAGUCCGAAAUCUCCAAGAGCUGCCCCAAUAGCGAUGCCUCCCUGAAGUUCUUCGCUAGCAACUGCGCCCAGCUCGGCCACAAAGUUGCGGCCUCUACUACCACCGCCGCUACUGGUACUGCUACUGGUACUGCUACCGCUACCGCUACCGGCACUUCUGGCAGCUCUACUGCCACUGGCUUCGUCACCGCGGUCUCCUCUGGCUCCUCUACUGCUACUGGCUCAUCUGCUAGCGCCACCGGCACUUCCAGCUCUGCUUCUGGUAGCGCUGGCUCCAGCACUGGCAGCUCUACGUCUGGUGCUGCCUCUUCCCCCACCUCAACCUUCAACGCUGCUUCGUCCGACCGCCAAUUCUCCGCGACUACAUUUGUUGCCGCGUUCUUCAUCGGCGCUGCUGCUUUGCUGUGA